CAUCUUUGUUGUUGUUGUUGUCAGGAUGGCGAUCAACCCGAGGAAGGACGGCGGGCCAAACGUCAAGUAUUAUGAGUCCUCGGAGACUGUCUCACAAUUCGAAAAUGUCAGAACAUGGCUGAUGAAGAAUGCCAAGAAGCAUGUCCAGGCCGACCCUCCGAACAACAAGAAUCUGGCGCAGCUGGUGGUGAUGUUGCUGCAGUUCAUGGAAGACAACUUUGGCCCCAAGGCUCCCCGACCACCCAUGACCAAGCUCCCUAUGAAAUGUUUCCUUGACUUCAAGCCUGGUGGUGGUCUGUGCCACAUCCUCAGCACAGUGUACAAGUUCAAGAGUGACCAAGGCUGGCGCAGGUUUGAUUUCCAGUCUCCGUCUCGCAAGGAUGCCAACAUUGAACUGUUCCGGGAGAUUGAGAAGAGUCUGUUGUCCAGCAAGUGUUGGACGAAGCCUGUGGUGUACAUCCAGAAUGAGGUGGACAAGGAGCUGAGGAAUGAACUAAAAGACAUUGUCAAACGCCAUGAUGGAAAGAUUGUCGACGAGGAUGAGGAAGCAACACACAUUGUCUACGAUGAGCAGGAUCCUCUCGAUGAUGAGUUUGCUCGUGCCGUGAUGCGCCGCGACAGACAGACACUCUUCCACUUCUACUACAUGCCAGACUCUUACGACUCCUGGGCCUCUGGGGUGGACUUGGACUAUGAUCCUCCUGAGUCUCCAUUCUUUUUCGAUGGCCAGUGGAAGGUGUGUGCUAAUUGGCUGCAAGACCUUGAAUCCUACAAUGAGUGGAUGAAUGAGGAGGACUAUGAGGUGGACGAGUCAGGCACCAAGAAGAAGCACCGUGGCUGCCUCAGUGUGGACGACACCAUGGGCCUCAACGACCCAGACAAGAAGAAGAAAGCCAAGAAGAGGCCUCGGUCGCCCCCAUCACCACGCACCAAGCGGAAAGGGUCCCGUAACACCAACAACCCAGGGAAGCCCAUCAAGAAGACCAAGGUGGAGGAGGAGGAGGAGGACCUGACCCGAGACAUGGAGGACCCUGCCCCUGAGCCGGCUGUUACAGAGGUCACCACUGGCUCCAAGAUCCAGCCCAGCAAGGGUGGCAACUACAUGGAUCUUGAUGAGGAGGCCACUGAGAAGACAGAAAAGACAGAAGGCCCUCCGGUGCCAGAGAGUGAGGACACAGCCACCGACCAGACACACCACAUCAUUGUGCCGAGCUACGCGGCCUGGUUUGACUACAAUGCAAUCCACGCCAUAGAAAAGAGAGGCCUCCCAGAAUUCUUCAAUGGCAAGAACAAAUCUAAAACACCAGAAAUAUAUCUUGCUUACAGAAACUUCAUGAUUGACACUUACAGAUUAAAUCCCACCGAGUACCUGACGUCCACUGCCUGUCGCCGCAACCUUGCUGGUGACGUGUGCGCCGUGAUGAGGGUCCACGCCUUCCUGGAACAGUGGGGACUCAUCAACUACCAGGUUGAUGCUGAUGCAAGACCAACCCCCAUGGGCCCCCCUCCUACAUCUCACUUCCAUGUGUUGGCUGACACCCCAGCUGGCCUUCAGUCAAUCAACCCUCCCAAGGUCAAUCAGCCUUCAGCAGCCAAACACAUCAUGGACUUUGACAAGAAGCCAGCAGACAAAAAGCCAGAAUUUGGUAUUGGUACAGAUUUUGGCUUGAAGCUUGAUCAGUAUUCUAAGAAGACCGGGGCUCUCAAGAACAAGUCUGCUGCCAGUCAGGCAAGAGAAUGGACGGAGCAGGAGACGCUGCUGUUGCUGGAGGCAUUAGAGAUGUACAAGGAUGACUGGAACAAAGUGUGUGAACACGUGGGCACCAGAACACAGGACGAGUGCAUCCUGCAGUUCCUCCGCUUGCCCAUUGAGGAUCCCUACUUGGAGGAUCCAGAAGUGGGAUCUGGAGCUUCAGCAGCAGCCUUGGGACCACUGGCUUAUCAACCCAUUCCCUUCAGCAAAUCUGGCAACCCGAUUAUGUCCACUGUAGCAUUCCUGGCAUCCGUGGUUGACCCUCGCAUUGCCGCCUCGGCCGCCAAGGCUGCCAUGGAUGAGUUCUGCCGCAUCAAGGAUGAGGUGCCGGCCGCCCUGCUAGAUUCUCACAUCAAGAAUGUUGCUGACCAUGCAGCGUCCAAUGAAGGAAAGGUGGACCCAACAGCUGGCUUGGGCAAGUCAGGUAUUGCUGGCACUGAACCAGAAGGGGAAGAGAAGAAAGAGGGUGAGGCAGAAACUGAAAAGAAAGAAGAGAGUGCUAAAAAGGAAAAAGAGGGAGAGAAGAAGGAAGAGGAGAAAAAGGAAGCUGAACCUGAGAAAGAAAAAGAAAAGAAAGAGGAGCCAAUGGAGGUUGACAAACCUGAAGAAAAGAAAACAAGUACUGAAGAGAAAGAAAAGAAGGAGGAGGAGGAAGAAGAGAAGAAAGAGGAAGGAAAGGAAGAAACAAAGGAAGAAAAGAAAGAAGAAAUCAGCCCAGAAGAAAAGAAGUUGGAUGCAGAGCGUGAGCGGCUACGCAAGGAUGCGUCAGUCCAGCAGGCUGCCAGCGCUGCCCUCGGCUCGGCUGCCGUCAAGGCAAAACACUUGGCUGCCGUGGAGGAGAGGAAAAUCAAAUCCCUUGUGGCGUUGCUGGUGGAAACACAGAUGAAGAAGCUGGAGAUUAAGUUGAGGCACUUUGAGGAGUUGGAAACCAUCAUGGAUCGAGAAAGAGAGAGUCUGGAGCUACAGCGGCAGCAGUUGCUGCAGGAGCGUCAACAGUUCCAUCUGGAACAACUGAAAGCUGCAGAGAUGAGGGCACGCCAGCACGCCCUGCAUCAGCUGACGCAAGGUGCCAGCCCAGCCCACUCCCCUGCCCCUGCCAUGGCACAAGUCCAUCAGUAGUGAACACGGUACAACUUAAUAAGCAGCUACAUGGUGAGGCAGAGAUUGGGACAAGAUAUUUUAGGGUUAGAGUUGGUGUUUGACGUACAAUUCCAAUUAAAAGUAGUAUGUAGGUACCAUUCUUCUUGGCCAGCUCACCUACGAAUCUUUCAAAUAACUUUCCUUCUACAAGAAAACAGAUGUAAAAGUUCACUAUGGAAAUCCAUAUGAAUGUGAUCUGACCAGGAAAGAAAUACACUGCGAUUUUAUCAAGAUUUAAGAUAAUGUACAGUUUUUGUAUUAUAGAUAGAGAUGGAUAAAAACAGAGGGGAUGAAUCUUUCUGUUAGUCAGUCAUCCAACACAGCCUUUCCAUCAGCCAUGCAGUACAUCAAUGACGAUGUUUACCACUAUAUUCAGCUUCAUGUCCAUUACUAGAUAGGGUUAGUCUGAGGUGGGGCAGGUUUUUAAUAAAUGGAACAUUAUGCAAGAUAGGAGUUUGCAGUUACAAAGUAGUACUGUAUAUUUUGAGACAGUAAUACAUAAUAUAAUUAUAGUCUUUAUAAGAUUGUAGAUUGUCUGAAUACUUGUGGUUAGUUUUUGGAAAGAUGUCAUCCCUGCUCUGUUGUCACGUGCAUUAAUUAAAUUUUUUUUUUCUUUUUCUAUAGUGAUUGCCAGGAGUUACUGGAAAUACAUGUCACUUUUAUUACUCAUUUAGACUGUACAAGAUGUACAAGAGUAUAUAAGUAUGUAUUUAUAUACAUGGAAAUCUCAGUUGACACAUCACUGUAAUAUAAUUUUAUCAUUAAACUGUAUUCAUUUUUCACUUUCAUUUAUUUACUUAAAAUAGUCAAGUAAAAAGGGAAAGAAAAUA